AUGAAUUUUGUAUCCGAGGAUCAGUUGGAUCAAGCAAAAAAAGCAAGGGGUGAACGAGUCGAGGAUGGUACUGCCCAGAGAGAUAGACCUCUCUUCGAGAUUUUGAAGGAGAACAAAGACAAAAAGGAUGCAGAAUUUAAUGAACGCUUCAAGCAUAGACCACCCAAAGCCUUGGAUGAAGACGAAACUGAGUUCCUUGAUAAAUGGGAGAUGUCUAGGAGGGAAUACGAGCAACAAGUGGCAGAUGAAGAGACCCAACAACUGCGGAGUUUCCAAGCAGCAGUUGCAGCACAGUCUACUAUUGUACAGGAACUGAAGGAAACAGCCCCUGCUCCUGUGGUCCAGGAACAGAAACCAACUGGGAGGAAAAAUCCGCCCACCCGUCCGUUAGGCAUGAUAAUAAAAGUCAAGCCACAAGCAAAGAAAGCGAAGAUAGAUCAUGGAAGUGUUGAAGAACAUUCAGAUAUGGUGAAAAAACCUGUUGUUAAUGCAGAAAAAUCACCAGAUCCUGUGAAAACAUCUAAUGGUGAUACUGCUAACUCUAACGAUGUAGCAAAAACAUGUCUAGUUACAUACAGUGAUGAAAGUGAAGAUGAUGAUUAGUAGUUCAGUUUUCCUAUAUGAGGACAGUAGUGAGUUCUUUAGUUAAUUUUUUCAAAAUCAUAUACUUUAGGUAUUGAACCAUUCAAAGUUGGAAACAUCUAGCAUUCUUGGUAAUCCAAUUUCCACGGUUCAAGCAGUCAGUUCAUAACCUCACAAGAGCCAUUAAAAUGAAGGAUAUAUACAAGCGAUAUGGUGUAUUUUGCAGAUUCAGGUAAAGAAAUUCAUAGGAAAAACUCGUAGUUGAAGCGCCACUGCCUUGAACUGUUGCUUAGGAGGCAUAAAACCCAUGUUUAGUGUUGGUCAAAAUAUCAUGCUUUCAUUUCUCUUCUAGGCAAUCACGUCUGCUUCCUUGAUUGUGUAUAAACGAUGAGAUACCACCGCUAUAAUUCGGGGAUUUAUCAC